AUGGAAGGAGAGUUUGAAGAGAAUGAAAUUUCAAAAAUAGUCUAUAAGAAUUCAAGGGACCAAUUGGCAUCAUAUAACAGUGUAGAUUGGUCUAAUAGUGAAAUGUCUUUCAAUAGGCCAGUAUUUGAGAGGAAAUGGGUAGAAACCAGGAAAGUGGUCUUAGACAUACCUCAUGAGAUAAGAAAUGUACUAAUGUGCGAAAUGGUGAUGCCAGGCUCAACCCCUUAUAUAAAUAACGUACCAGAACACUAUAGAAGACAAUUCAAAGAACUGAUAAAUUGUAAAAUAGCAAAUGGGAUGAACAUAGCUGAUCAAAUAAGACAAAUAAGAAUCUCAAUGGAUAGCAGGAAGAGAAUAUUACCCUUGGUAAUAGAUUAUGGAAGGGAAAUGAAUCAGCAUUUAGUCGCUCUCCAGUCAAGAAAUUGGAUACUAAUACCAAAAACCAGCAAGGUGAUAGAAUACCAGAAGAUAAACAGAGAUUUCAAUAAAAACAUGAACCUAUUGUGUUAUAUAUUAUCUUAUUCAAAAUCAGAUUGGUCAGAAAUUGUUGACACUAUUAAAUAUGAAAACUUGGAUUUUAAGGAGUACUUAGAAAACAAUUACCACAUUGAGAGUUCACAAAUAAAGUUAGUGAAAACAAUAUUAAGCAUGGAGGUGUCCAAUGAAAUAAGCUACCCUAACAUAACAUAUUUACCCAUAGAAGGAGAAGUAAGUAUAGUAAAGAGGUCAAGGGUAAAUAGUGAAGUGUGGUUUUAUUAUAGAAUGGGUAAAGAAACAAUACAAUUCAGGUACAAAGACACAGUGAGAGGACAUUUUUGCCACAAAGACAGCAUAAUAAUGAGUAUAACUUGCAGUCUAGUCAGCUUCAUAGAAUUUAAAGAAGCUCUUUCAGAAAUAAUGGUUUUCCUAAAACUUCAUUGGCUAGACAUGACAGAAACAAAUAUGAAGAGACUCAUUAUGAAGACAAAAGAACGUGUCAUCAAUGAUUUUAAUGGACUAAUGGGUCUAACAAGAGGCCAAGAAGACAUAAUAUUGAAUGACAUAGAAAAAAUGAAUGAGGAUCCUUCUCCUAUUGAAUUUGAUACUGAAAACAAUAUAAGAGUAAAAAUAGAAAAAGACUAUGUACUAAGAGACAAAACUAUGCAUAGGUUAAAAAUAUCAGAAGAGGGUCAAGUACUAAAGAAUAUGUCUGGAAAAGUAAUUUAUGUUGUAGAGAAAUCUCAGAAACCAAAAGAGUUGUCUUUCAGUUCCAAAAUCAAAUCCUACCGACUGCGCCAGUGUUACAUGCGGCCCUUCAGGGAUCCAAAAGCUGGUGUACUUGAUAAAUAA